CACGCAGUCAGUCUCCUUUUAAUUCUCAACCCUGAAGGAAUUCCAAUAUUUUUAUACUGCUUCACAGUUGUAUACUUGCACAACCCUCUUACAUUUGUGUAUAUACUUUUUUAUAGAACCUUAGAAAGGAAAAAAAAAUCAGAAAAAAUCCUUAAAAAUCUGCAAUUUCUGUUUUUAGAUAAACGAAUAAAAACGAAUUUUCAAAAAAAGAUAAAUUUUGUACGGGGGUGACAAAAGUAUCUAAGUGAAUCUAACAAAGUAUCGGAAAACUAGAAAAUUGUUUAAUUAAAUUUAUAUGUGCCAAACAAAUAAAAAUAAAAAAGUGUUCUUGUAAUCUAUAAUAAUACUUUCCUAAUACACAUCUAUCUAAGCUACUCAACACCGCAUUGCAGAUAAACAUAAAAUCCCCGUUAAGCCAAAUAAACAAAAAACAAAACAAAAAUAACUAUUGAAAAUGACACAUAGUGUACAUACAUAAAUAGUAUUUUAGUGUUUGAAAUAGAGUUGUUGAUGUCCUUUAUAUGCUAUUUAAACUUAUACAACAAACACAUAUACCUACCCAUCAAUUGAAAGAAACAUAAACCCUCUGAAAACUUAAAAGGAGAGAGAAUAUUAUAAUGCAUUUGCUGUAGCAUCAAACUAUAAUAAAAUUAUUGUCCACAUCUUUCAUCGAUGUUUUCAAAAUACACCUUCUUCAUUCAGCAAAAACAAAAUAACCAAGUAAGAGUUGCCACCUACAACAACAAAUUCCAACCAACAAUACAAACCAUCAUCAUCGAUUCCUACUACAUUGCCGUUUAACCUCGAUAAGUGAUUGUUAGAACUUCUGCUGUUGGCACACGCAUCGUUAAAGUGGGAGGAGAAAAAUCAAUACCAAGAGUGGACAUCUGGUUUGAAAAAGCGCUCUAAUACAAUAAACACAAUCUCACAUACAACCCCCCCUCCCCAAUCUGCUGCGACUACGCUAUACAGAGUGGACGGACUAUUUAAAACAUUAAAACGAGGAAGUGAGAGUUGACAGAGUAAACCAUCCCCCCUAUAUAAUUCCUAUAUAGCUUUUCACAAUGACCCUACUAAAACUAGGCAUAUGUGAUUAUUUAACCUCAAAAUGGAUUUUUAUGAUAGCAGUUAUUACGCUGAUAAUGAAAUUUUCUGCGGCAGAUAAUUGUUUUCCAUCCACAUUCGGGGUGCUUUUUUGGCUUUGGAUUCCACAGGUGUCAGCCGAAUGCCAAACUCGAUCAAUCUAUUGCUAUGAAUGCGACUCAUGGACUGAUGCACGCUGUCGUGAUCCCUUCAACUACACAGCUUUACCCAGGGAUCAACCACCUCUAACGACCUGCAAUGGAUGCUGCGUUAAAAUGGUGCGACACUCCAAAUCACCAUACGAAGUAGUUCGCCGAAUGUGUACGUCACAAUUACAAAUAAAUUUAUUUAUGGUCGAUCAUGUGUGCAUGAUGGAAAGUUCAGGCAAUGGACAUAUGUGCUUUUGUGAGGAAGAUAUGUGCAAUUCUAGUAAAAAUUUAUUACCAACAUUCAAUUAUAAUUUUCUUCUGUUAAUCCCAUUUUCUAUUAUUAUCCUUUUCAAACAACUACUAAAUCAACUACAUGUUCAAAUCAUUCAUAGUUAGAAAGAAAAAAAAAAGACAAUAGUCGUAGAUAAUUUUUUUUUUUUUGUAUAAUUUCAACUAAGUAGUUCUCGAGAAUAAUACGUCAUGUUUGUUAGAAUUUUAUUUUUUCAAAUCACAGCAAUGCUUUAAAAAAAAAAACCUUAUUAAAUAGAAUUGAUUUUUGUUGUUAUAUAGUUUGUAUUUUUAGAAGGAUAAAUCUAAAUAACUAUUCUAUAAACAAAUAAAUAUUAAAGUCAUUAAAAAGACCAAAACUAAAACGGUCUUCUAUGUAGAUUAUUAUUAAUAUACAUCACCGAACAAAUUUAACCUUCUAUUU